UGGUCCUCAACGCAUGCGCAGUGUGAGCCCCUCUCCUGUCCGGACCCGGGCAGAGGGAAGAACAGUGCGGGAGGUGAGAAGGUGCGGCCACAGCACAGCCAGAACAAGAUGGACGCGGAAGUACAGAAGCCCCUCCCACCGACAAGCAGAAUGUAGCAUCCUAACCGCCAAUUAGAAAUUUUGGUGUUGCGUCUCCUGAACAUGGACAGCCUGCCGACGGUUGCGGAUUUUCUUAGCUCCACCCCUGAUAUGAACCACCUGACCGGAGAGGAGCAGGCUACCUUCGAUGACAUCGCGGUCUACUUCUCCAAGGAUGAGUGGGAUUACUUGAACAAAGAAGAGAAAGAUCUAUACAGGGAGGUGAUGAUUGAGAAUUAUCGGAGCCUCCAGUCGCUAGGAUGGGACAGUGUGAAGCCUUCUGUCGUAUCAAUGAUUGAGCGGGGAGAGGAGCCAUACUUGCCCGAGAUGUGGCCGUCUGAGAAGGAGAUGAUUCUGGACAGUUAUAAUGCAGAUGCGGCCUUCAACAUGACCCUCUCAGACCUUAGCGAUCUCCCGAUUCUCCCACUAGACUGGAUCUCAGAAGAUGGCUUGGUCCACCCCGAUUAUUACACCACCAGGAUCACUAGAAGUAUGACAUCGGGGACCCCCUUUCGAAUAAAGUUGGAGAAGCCGAACGGCAUCUUCCCAUUUCACAUCUCCACACAAAGACUGGACGCCUGGCCAGAAUAUUCAUCGUCCCAUUAUAACCAAAGAGCCAUCCACCAGGAGAAACCCUUGAAGUUGCCAGCGGUGGGCACCAACAUCCUCAAAGAGGAGAGCCUGUUGUCUUGCUUUGGUGGUGGACAUCCGUUCAGUUACGAGUCGGAGCUUUUCCAAGAUGAGGAGAUUCGCAAAAACCAGAAGCAGUUUGUGUGCCCUGUGUGUGGUCACGUCUUCACCUCCAAGUUAGGGUUUAUUAAGCACCAGAAGCUUCACAAAAGGCAGAGCGCGUUUUCCUGUGCCGAAUGCGGCAAAUGUUUUGCAAGUGCCUCGGACCUCAUCGUUCACCGGAAAAUUCAUAUGGACCAAAAGCCCUUUGUCUGUCCCGAGUGUGGAAAAUGCUUUAUCACGCGCCUCCAUCUCACCAGACAUUUGAGGAACCAUGAGAGUGAAAAGCCGUUUCCCUGCUCCGAUUGCGGGAAGUGUUUCAGCAGCGCAGGCAACCUGGUGGUUCACCAGAGGAUUCACACGGGGGAGAAGCCUUUUGUCUGCUCUCAGUGUGGAAAAUGCUUUACCCAAAAAGCCAGUUACCUCGCCCACCAGAGGAUUCACACCGGGGAAAAACCCUUUGUCUGCUUCCAGUGCGGCAAACGCUUCACCCAAAAAGCUAGCUGUAUAGUCCACCAGAGAAUACACACAGGUGAAAAGCCUUUUGUUUGCUUUGAGUGUGGGAAAAGCUUCAGCUCUAAGAUCUACUUGGUUCGGCACCGUCUGGUCCACACGGGCGAGAAGCCCUUUGCCUGUUCCCACUGCGGUAAGUGCUUCACGCAGAAGGCUAGCUACCUGGCCCACCAGCGUAUUCACACAGGCGAAAAACCCUUCGUCUGCACCCACUGCGGCAAAUGUUUUUCUCAAAAGGCCAGCUGCAUUGUGCACCAACGGAUUCACACGGGUGAAAAACCCUUUGAUUGCCCAGAUUGUGGCAAAUGCUUCAGCUCAAAAAUCUACCUGGUGAGGCAUCGAAUGGUCCACACCAGCGAAAGACCCUUUGCUUGUUAUGAUUGCGGGAAAUGCUUCACACAGAAGGCCAGCUUUAAUGCGCAUCAGAGGAUACACAACGAGGAGAAACCUUUCAAGUGUGAAGAGUGCGGGAAGUGUUUCACACAGAAGGCCAGCUUUCUGGCUCACCAACGGAUCCACACGGGGGAAAAGCCUUUCUUGUGUACUUUGUGUGGAAAAUGUUUUACCCAGAAGGCUAGUUACCUCACGCACCAGCGAAUCCACUCUGGGGAAAAACCCUUCAUGUGUACGCUGUGCGGAAAAUGUUUUACGCAAAAGGCCAGCUACCUGGCUCAUGAGCGGAUUCACACAGGGGAGAAACCCUACAUCUGCUCCCACUGCGGAAAGUGUUUUGCUCAGAAGGCCAGCUGCAUCGUCCAUCAGAGAAUUCACACCGGGGAAAAGCCCUUCAUCUGCUCGCAGUGUGGCAAGCGUUUUGCCCAGAAGGCAAGUUGCAUCGUCCACCAGAGGAUUCACACCGGAGAAAAACCCUUCGGCUGCCUCGAGUGUGGAAAGUGUUUUAGCUCAAAGAUCUACCUGGUGAGGCACCAACUAAUUCAUCGCGGAGAGAAGCCGUUCCAGUGCGGCAAGUGUGGCAAGUGCUUCACCCAGAAAGGAGGUUACCUAGCCCAUCAGAGGAUUCACACAGAGGAAAAACCUUUUAAGUGUGAUGAAUGUGGGCGUGGCUUUGCCCAGAAGGCCAAUUACCUGGCCCACUAUAGGAUACAUACAGGAGAAAAGCCCUUUGAGUGCACCGAGUGUGGCAAAUGCUUUUCCCAGAAGGCCAGCUUCAUCACACACCAGCGAGUUCACACUGGUGAGAAGCCCUUUGUGUGCAGACAGUGUGGGAAAUGCUUCUCGCAGAAGGCAAGCUACCUGGCACACGAGCGCAUUCACACGGGGGAGAAGCCAUUCGUUUGUACGCAGUGUGGCAAACGGUUCACACAGAAGGCCAGCUGCGUUGUACACCAGAGGAUUCACACGGGUGAACGGCCUUUCGAAUGUGCAGUGUGUGGGAAAAGUUUUCGACUGAAGAAAAGCUUUGAUGAACACCAACGGACUCACACAGGAGAGAAACCCUUUCCCUGUUCGGAUUGUGGGAAGCGUUUCACCAAUGCUGCCAACCGCAUAAUACAUCAGCGGAUUCACACCGGAGAGAAGCCUUAUGCCUGUUCGGUGUGUGGGAAAUGUUUCACUCAGAAAGCAAGCUUUGCGUCCCACCAGAGGACCCAUACCGGGGAAAAGCCCUUUGUGUGUUCCCAGUGUGGGAAAUGUUUCACCAGUGCCUCCAACCUUAUAGUUCACCGGCGCAUCCACACUGACCAGAAGCCGUUCCUUUGUCCGGAGUGUGGAAAAUGUUUCACCUCCAAGAUCUACCUGGUACGCCACCAGAUCAUCCACACGGGCCAGAAGCCCUUUGAGUGUGCAGAGUGCGGCAAGUGCUUCACGCAAAAAGCUGGCUAUGUGGCGCACCAGAGAAUUCACACGGGGGAAAAGCCUUUUGUGUGUACACACUGCGGCAAAUGCUUCACGCAGAAGGCCAGCUGCAUUGUCCACCAGCGAAUUCAUACCGGCGAAAAGCCUUAUGAGUGCUCCCAGUGCAGCAAGCACUUCAGCUCCAAGGUCUACCUGGUACGACAUCAGUUGAUUCACACCGACAUCAAGCCCUACAAAUGUUCAGAGUGUGGCAAAUGCUUCACGCAGAAGGCCAGCUAUAACGCCCACUAUAGAAUCCACACAGACGAGAAACCUUUUAAAUGUUCCGAGUGUAGUAAAUGCUUCACCCAGAAGGCCUCCUUUGUGGCUCACCAACGGGUCCACACCGGCGAGAAACCAUUUGUCUGCACCCACUGCGGCAAGUGCUUCACUCAGAAGGCCAGUUGCGUCGUCCAUCAAAGAAUCCACACGGGGGAGAAACCUUUCGGCUGCUCGGAGUGCGGUAAAUGUUUCAGUGCCAAAGUCUACCUCGUCAGGCAUCAGUUGAUCCACGCGGACGAGAAGCCCUUCAAAUGCGCGGAGUGUGGGAGGUGCUUCACUCAGAAAGCUGCCUACGUGGCCCACCAGAAGCUCCAUGUAGAUGAAAAACCGUUCGUAUGUUCAGAAUGUGGGAAGUGCUUCACCCAGAAGGACAGUUAUAUGGCCCACCAGAAGGUCCAUAGAGAUGGGAAGCCCCUUGCAUGUACCUGAUUACCGCAUGUAGAUGCACCUAUAGCCUUCAUUGUAUGUUUACUGUCACCGUAGCAGCUGUGGCAGCCAGGGGUGGGCAUGUCGCUGUAAGUUCAGAAGCCAGUAGGCCAAAUGCAGAUGUUCCGAUCCUUCCAGUGGUCA